AUGUCAGACCCUGUCAACGAAGUUGCGGAGCAAGUCGCCAAGACUUACUUGGAUGACGUCACUGGAGAACAAGUGUCGAAGUCUGAGUUGAAAAAGAGACAAAAGACCAGACAGAUCGAGGCCAAGAAGGCCGAGAAGGCCAAGAACAAUGUCAACAAACAGCCCAAGAAAAAGGACAUCAUGGCCGACUUGAAUCCUAACCAAUACUACGACAUCAGAUCUCGCCAGAUCGAGGAGUUUAGAAAGGCCAACGAGAAAGAUUCCGAGGCCUUCAACCCUUACCCACACAAGUUCUCUCGUACUUUGACCGUGCCUGAGUUUGUCAAGAAGUACGAAAGGUUGGCCAGAGGCGAGACCCUAAAGGACCAGGAAGUGAAAAUCACUGGUAGAAUCAUGACUAAGAGAGAGGCUGGUUCUAAGUUGAGAUUUUACGUCUUGAAGGGUGACGGUGUUCAGAUGCAAGUGAUGGCCCAAGCCCAGGACGCCGAAUCUUUGGAGGUUUAUGAAAAGGAGCAUGACAACUUGAGAAGAGGUGACAUUAUCGGUGUUACUGGGUACCCAGGAAGAACCGCACCAGCCAAGGGAGGUGAGGGAGAACUCUCUGUCUUUGCUGCAUCGAUCCAGUUGUUGACUCCUUGUUUGCACAUGUUGCCUACCGAGCACUUUGGCUUCAAGGACCAGGAGAACAGAUACAGAAAGCGUUACUUGGACUUGAUUGUCAAUGACGACGUCAGAGAGCGUUUCAGAGUCAGAUCUGCCAUUAUCUCUUACAUUCGUAGAUUUUUGGACACGAGGGACUUCGUCGAGGUUGAGACGCCUAUUUUGAACGUGAUUGCUGGCGGUGCCACGGCCAAGCCUUUCAUCACCCACCACAAUGACUUGGACAUGCAAAUGUACAUGAGAAUCGCCCCUGAGUUGUUCUUGAAGGAAUUGGUCGUUGGUGGUAUGGACAGAGUGUACGAGAUUGGCCGUCAAUUCAGAAACGAGGGCAUUGACAUGACUCACAAUCCCGAGUUCACCACGUGUGAGUUCUACCAGGCCUACGCCGACGUGUACGACUUGAUGGACAUGACCGAGUUGAUGUUCUCAGAGAUGGUCAAGGAGAUCACCGGUGACUACAAGCUCACCUAUCACCCAGACGGCCCAGAUGGCAAGGCCUUGACCUUGGACUUCACCAGACCAUGGAAGAGAGUCAAUAUGAUUGAGGAGUUGGAGAAGGUCUACAACGUCAAGUUCCCACCAGGAGACGAGUUGCACACAGAGGAAACCGGUAAGUUCUUGAAGCAAAUCUUGAUCGACAACAAGCUCGACUGCACUCCACCAUUGACCAACGCCAGAAUGUUGGACAAGUUGGUUGGCGAGCUCGAGGACGCCUCCAUCAACCCAACCUUUAUCUUUGGCCACCCUCAAAUGAUGUCUCCAUUGGCCAAGAAGGACAGAAAUAUUCCAGGUUUGUGUGAGAGAUUUGAGGUGUUCGUUGCCACUAAGGAGAUCUGUAACGCCUACACCGAGUUGAACGAUCCAUUUGACCAAAGAGCUAGGUUUGAGGAGCAGGCCAGACAGAAGGCCCAGGGUGACGACGAGGCCCAAAUGGUGGAUGAGACUUUCUGCAACGCUUUGGAAUAUGGUUUGCCACCAACCGCUGGAUGGGGUUGUGGUAUCGAUAGAUUGGCCAUGUUCUUGACGAACUCCAACACCAUCAGAGAGGUGUUGUUGUUCCCUACCUUGAAGCCAGAUGCUUUAGUCAAGGGUGAAGAGACUUCUGCUUAA